AUGAUGGCAAAUACUGGUUUAUUAGUUUUAACAAAUCCUAUAAAGGUGAUGAAAUUAUUACCGAUUAUCAAAAAACAUGUACUAAAAACUCUAUAUAUUCAAUAUCUUCCGGAAAAGAAUAUUUUUCUUUCUGGUAACCAUACGGUUAGAAACUCUCAAUGGAAAGUAACACAUUACACUCAAACCGUUUUUAACAUUUAUGUUGAUACAUCUACUCUAUCUGCUCGACUUGAUGUUCGGGUAUUGCUUACAAGUAUAAAAAAUCCUAAUAUAUCAAUAAUAAAUACUAAAAAGCCUGUAGAAAUAGUUAUUUUUGACCAAAUUUGUAGUAAGAGAGAAGCUGAUACAUUCAUACAAGAUUAUCUAGCUAAUACUUCUAUGGGGUGUAGUUUUAUUACUUUUACUGAUGAUUUAAAAGAAGAAAAGGUAGAUAGUGUUACAACUUGCAUUAAUAUGGAAAAGACUUACAAGAAAGUAGUAGUUGGUGGCACAUUUGACCGAAUACAUAAUGGUCAUAAAAUAAUUUUAAGUGAAGCUGUAUUACGUUGCACAGAAAAACUUUUAGUUGGUGUAACUGAUACAAAUAUGUUGUCUGGAAAAUUAUUAUGGGAGCUAAUAGAACCUUGUAAUACAAGAAUUUCAAAUAUCAAAGACUUUUUAGAAGACAUAGAUGCAACCUUAACAUAUGAUAUUGUAGCUAUAAAUGAUAUAUAUGGUCCAACUAAAUAUGAUCCAACAUUAGAAUUGCUAAUAGUUAGUGAAGAAACAAAACGUGGUGGAGAUAAAGUAAAUGAAAUGCGUGAAAAAAACAAUUUAACUAAAUUAGAUAUACAUAUAGUGAAACUAAUAAAUGAUGUGGAUUAUAAAAAACAUGAAGAAAGUAAAAUGAGUUCUAGUAAUCAAAGAAUACGAUUAUUGGGUACAAAACUUCGUGCCCCUAUAAUAAGCAAUAAAAGCUUAAAACCUUAUAUUAUUGGUUUGACUGGUGGUAUAGCAAGUGGAAAAUCAUCUGUAGCUGAUAAAUUACAAAAACUGGGUGCUGCUGUUGUCAAUUGUGAUAAAAUAGCACAUGAUUUAUAUUUACCUGGUAAAAAGUGUUUUGAUGCAAUACUUAAAAAUUUUGGCUCAACUAUUUUGAAAUCUGAUGGAUUUAUUGAUAGAAAAGCACUUGGAAAUAUAGUAUUUAAUGAUCAAACACAGUUAAACAAAUUAAAUAAUCUUGUUUGGCCCACAAUUUUAGAAGAAGCAAAAAAACAAAUAAAUGAUUUUAACAGAAAAGGAUUUGAUAUAAUUGUGAUGGAAGCUGCUGUCUUAAUUCAGGCUAAAUGGCAACAUGAAUGUCAUGAAAUUUGGACUUGUAUUAUUCCUCAGGAAGAAGCUAUAAAACGAGUAAUAGAUAGAAACGGAAUAACUGAAAUCGAUGCUAAAUUAAGGAUUCAAGCACAACCGAGCAAUACAGAACAAAUUAAUGAAGCUAAUGUUGUAAUAUGUAGUUCAUGGAGUCACGACAUUACCGAAGAACAAGUGCAGCGCGCUUGGGAUGAGACAAUGGUAUUUUUAUCUAAUGAAGCAAAAAAGUAA